GUCUUUAACUUUCGGUUUGAAAAAUGGAAAGACAAGCGACCAACCUUCCAGCUGUAUGGAGUGAUGACACGAGAAUGUCUGUUUUAUUUGCACCCUUCAGAGAAAAAUCAUUAAAUCCAUCAUCAUGGAAACAAAAGAUGUCCUUUUGGUCGCAGUUAAUUCUGGAAGAAAGCCGAUCCAGUCUAACUCCCAUAAUUGAUUUAAAUUCUUUACAGAUAAAAUUUACGAGGAAUGGAAAAGUCCCACUUUGCUUAGAUGUUGUCUUGGAAGAACUGUUAAGAUCGAAUACUAUUAAAAUGUUGUCAAACACAGGGUCAUCACCAGUGAAGCAGAGACCAUCAUGGCUCACUUGGGGAUACGAUACAUUUCUGAAGACACCAGUAAAAUGGGGUAUAAACUACAUGUCAUCCAGUCAAACAGAAUCCAAAGAUACAAAGUACAUUGUUAUAGAAGUUUUACAUAAAAAAUGUGAGCAGAUUGUACAAGAGCAUCAGUGUGGUUUGUAUUGUGAAGUUACAGACUCUGUGAUAGAAUAUAGUCAGUUGUGGAAGAAAAGUCAGUCAUUAUGUGAAAGCGAGACGGAAUUUGACAUUAUCCUAGAGGAACUUGUCAAACAGAGGAAAGUAACAGUACAUAAUGAAAACACACACACUAUUAUCAAAUUUGUUAACAAAGGUGAUAAAACAGUAAAACCUGUAUCUAAAAGAGAUAUGGAGAUUUUCAGAAUAAAGAUGACAAGAGAUAUGUUAACAGAUAAAAUUGAUUCUUUAACAUCUGAUAUUGACAAAUUAAAGAAAGAAGCUCUUAGGGUGAAGAAAGCUAGUAAAACUCAGGCAUUAAGGUGUUUAAGACAAAAGAGAAUUAUAGAAAGCAGAAUAGAUAAAUUAACAGGAUCUCUGGAUAUAUUAGACAAUAUUUUAAACCAGAUAUCCCAUUCUGUAUCAGAUGAAAUGGUUGUGAAAGCAUUAGAAUCUGGGAACAAUGUACUGAAAUCCUUGACAGGGAAAACAACUACAGACCACAUUACAAAUGUAAUGGAUGAACUUACUGAGGUAUUAGAACAGCAAGCAGAGAUACAAGACCAGAUAAGUUCUGGACCUUCAGGUCUGGACAUUAGUAGAGAAGAAUUAGAGGCAGAAUUAGAAGAUAUCAUGAGAGAUGAAGUAAAGGAGAAAGAUUCAGAAUUAUUGAUAGAUGACAUUAUCAGUGGAUUAACAGAUUUACAUUUACCCAAAGUUCCGUCAGCUUCCAUAGAUGAGCCUGUAUCACCAUUCCAGGCUCCAGAAAAAGUUCCAACCACAGGAAUUUCAACAUCUGUAUCACCACAAAAGUUUUCAAAGGCUCCAGGAACAUCACCACAAAAAUUGCCUAGUCCAAACAGAACACCUGAGCCACCACAGAUAUCACAAAGUAACUUGUAUAAGCAGUCCCCUAUGGUGGAUGGUAUAUACAUUGGUGAAUUAGAUCUAUCAUUAGAACUUCCAGAUGUUCCAACUUUUACACCAUAUGUUGAUAUCAAUAAAAAGGAAGCUUGUCUAGAUUCAUGACAAAUUGAGGAUAUUUUUUAUAUACU